GUAUCGAUGUUCCACUUGUAAAUUAAAAUUUCUAUCAACUAGUGAUUAUCAAAAACAUCAAAAAAACCUAAGCCUCUUUUUAAAAUUAUUUUGUGGAGAUUGCAAUGAAUACACAUCGAAUAAUAAUACAAUUAAGCACCAUACCGUCAUUGUUUCCUGCGAUUCUUGUAAAUUGUACCUUCCUCAAGAAAAGUAUUUGAAUCAUUUUUGUUUCCAUUUAAGUUCUUCGCAAAAAAUUGCCGAGGAACUUAAGAAAACUUGUUAUCGCUGUAAUGAGUCGUUUUUUUCUGAAAGUUUACUGGAAAAUCAUUUUCUUGACUGCGAAAAAGAAUACAAGCAUUUCUGUAAAUGUUGCAACGCAGACAGUUGUAAACAAAUACUAGAAAUUCCUUUGGAAAGGGUUAAAAUCUGGAAAUCCGUAUUAAACAAUUAUUAUUGCAACUCAUGCUUUUUUUCCUAUCAAGAAAUAGACUCGCUAAACAAACACAUGGAACAUGUCCAUAUACUUAAAAAAUUAGACUGUGCUUUUUGUGGUAAACAUUUUCAUAACGAAAAAGCCUACCGAGCGCACCUAAAAAAAUACGACUUAAAAAUUUAUAAACUUUAUAGUGCACCCAAACAAAAAGUUAAAGUUCCAUGCCACAUAUGCGGAAAAAUGGUGUUAAAAAGAAGCCUUGUAGACCACGUAAAAUUACAUACCAACGAAAAGGCCUAUUCGUGCCCAGUUUGCGAAGAAUCAUUUAAGACGCAGGGCCAUCUUCGAGCUCACAGAAUCUCUAAACACGAACCCAAGGAGAUGUGUGAAAUAUGCGGUGCACAAAUCAAAAGAAACCAUAUUAGAAGACACCUGUUGAAGCAUGGGGACAUUCGAAAAUAUAAAUGCACGACUUGUGAUAAAUCAUUUAAAACUGUAAGCGCUCUGCAACAACACAAACUAAUUCAUGAAAAUUUCGCAAGGCAUCGAUGUGAUAUUUGUGCUAAACCGUUUAAAAGGGCCGACAACUUACGGGUGCAUAAAAGAUCUCAUGCCGAUGUAAAACCUUUCCCAUGCGAUUUGUGUACCAAAACUUUCACGACCAAACAAUGGAGAGACUCGCAUAGAAGAUCACAUUUUUAGAUAAUUUAUUAUUAUGUUUUGUUAAUUGUUUUAAAAAUCAAAUAAAUAUCUAAUAACAUUUUUAUAAGUGUUUUGUUAUAA